GAGUACUCUGUGAUGUCAUUGACUACACAAGACAGUCGUAUGAAGGAAUGAAAGGUCACACAGAUCUACAAGUCCCUAGAAAAUGCUGUCGUGCUGGAAAAUUCUACAAUAUUUUUCUUUUGUUUUCCCAUCCGGUAUGCGGUUUACCGGUAAAUAAUCUAGAUUCAUACUUCAUUUGGAGGAUUUUUUGGAUUUCUACUGAUACAUGCAUUGGAGCUUGACUAAUCUGAAUUCACUCCUAAAAAGGACCCAUUCAAAAAAAAAGCACUACAAUAUGAUAGAGCUUCCCCAACAGUCUUUAAGACCAUACCUAUGUUGUUAUAUAUAGAGAGUAAAGAAACAUAUAUUUCAGUAUCAUCAACUAUACACAUUCUCAAAAAUGGGAGAUGAAGUAGUAUUGCUUGACUUCUGGGUUAGUCCCUUUGGUAUGAGGGUGAGAAUUGCCCUGAAAGAAAAGGGCAUAGAUUAUGAAUCCAAGGAAGAAAAUUUGAGCAACAAGAGCUCAUUGCUCCUAAAAAUGAACCCUAUCCAUAAGCAAAUCCCAGUUUUGAUUCACAAUGGAAAGCCUAUUUGUGAAUCCCUCAUCAUUGUUCAGUACAUUGAUGAAGUUUGGAAGGACAAAGCUCCACUCUUACCUUCUGAUCCUUAUGAAAGAGCCCAUGCUAGAUUUUGGGCUGACUAUGUUGACAAAAAGAUAUAUAGUAGAGGGAGAUUGGUAUGGACAACAAAAGGUGAAGUUCAAGAGGCAGCAAAAAAAGAACUAAUACAUCACUUUAAACUAUUGGAAACAGAGUUAGGUGACAAGACUUUCUUUGGAGGAGAUCAAUUUGGUUUAGUUGACAUUGCUCUUAUACCUUUUUAUAGUUGGUUUUAUGCAUUAGAAACUUGUGGAAACUUUAGUAUGAUUCAUGAAUGUCCUAAACUUGUUGAAUGGGCUAAAAGAUGCAUGGAAAGGGAAAGUGUUUCAACUUCUUUACCUGAUCAGUACAAAGUUUAUGACUUCAUAUUGGAGUUGAAAAAGAAACUUCAUCUUGAUUAAAGAUCAAACCUCAAUAGAGGCAGAGUUACAAUUCUGCUUACAGGUUUUGGUUCCAUAGAACAUUUAUGAUUUCAUUUUGUAGUUGAAAAAAUAAAAAUAAAAACUUGAGCUUGAUUAAAGUUAGAAUUUGUGAUUUUGGUCCAAGAGUUUGUAUUUGUAUUAAAAGGUUCAUUUGAUAUGUAUGAAUAAUUUAUUCAGAAUUCAUUAAGUUUGGUCUUUUCUAGAA